GCCCCUCCUCGAAACCGCCCACACAUCCGACUAUCCGAACAGCAAUGGCGCCUGCCUGCGGCGACGCCGCCGCCGCGGCUGCCUCCGUCGCGCCAGGCCUGGGCAGCCUGCUCAUUCGCGACGCCGCCAGGCUCCCUCCACUCCCCGAACGCGGCGGCGGCGGCAAUGCGGCAGAGAGGGAGGCGGGCGGUGCGAACAGGAACGGGAGGAAGGAGAAGGCCGGGGCGCAGAGGAUCACCGGGUGGGGGCUCCGUGAGUUCAGCAAGAUAGUUUCUAAGAAAGUUGAAGCCAAAGGAAGAACCACAUAUAAUGAGGUUGCCGAUGAGAUUUUUGCAGAGCUAAAGUCCAUUACACAUAAUGGUCUGGAGUUCGAUGAGAAAAAUAUUAGGCGGAGAGUAUAUGAUGCUUUCAAUGUGCUCAUUGCAAUUCGUGUUAUUGCAAAAGAUAAGAAGGAGAUUAAGUGGAUGGGCCUUACUAAUUACAGAUACGAAAAGAUACAGAAGUUGGAGGAAGUUCACAAAGAACUCAUCACCAGGAUCAAGAACAAGAAGAAGCUUCUCCAGGAAAUUGAAAAGCAGUUUGAUGGCCUUCAAAAUAUUAAAUUACGCAACCAGGCACUACAAAGAUCAGCAGAAAGUGCUAAUGGCAUUUGCCUUCCAUUCUUAUUGAUCAAGACCUCCAGAAAAGCAAGGGUGGAAAUUGAGAUUUCAGAAGAUUCAAAGUUUGCACGGUUUGACUUCAAUGGUGCACCAUUCACCAUGCAUGAUGAUGUCUCAAUCCUUGAAGCCAUCAGGAGUAACAGCAUAGGAAGAAUUGGCCUCUCCAUUCUCCCGUCGUCGUGCAUUUAGAAGCAUUCACUGUGCAAAUGAAGCUCGGCACUUGUCAUCAGCUCGAAGCCCCAAUCUCGCGUUAUCAUCGUCAAUUAAUCAUACACUAAUGACUUUGUUUUGCGUGAGCAAAUUUGAUUAGCUUGUUUUAGCCCAAAAGAACUCUCUCUAGAGUAGAGAAGAUGUGUGCCAUGCUAUUGGAAUAAACUGAUCUGCAUGCCGUGCUUGACCUGUCCUGCGAGCUGCAGGGCAAAGAGUCGCAGAUAACAUUGCUCAUGUUUAGGAGCGCAGCAUCGCAGGAGUAUAAUAACAGAAUAGGAAUUACUGCAUAUAUCAGUAAGGCUUCGUGCUUACUGUAGUCACAGAUGAAGUCCGCAUUCCUUUUUAUAAAAUUCAAACCUGUCCAUUGAGCAUCGCUGAAAGUCUGAAACUACUUCUGAAGAACAUCUCAUUAUUUGCACAAAUCAGUGGGCA